GUCUGAGGAUGAGUUCUGAACCCGAUUUUAAUAAUAAUAAUUAUAAUGUUCGAGCAGAGACACUGACUGUGACGUCUGCAUGUGUACUGCGACUAUGGUUAUAGCUAAUAUAGCUGUGCGAGAGUGAGUUGGAUUAAUUCUGAGCACAUGCUUCAUCAACAGAAUUGAUAAAUGCAGAAGAUUGAGAAUGUUAUGAAGACAAGAACCAUAAGAAAAUUUUUCAGGUUAAAUGUUAAAAUUGGAGGCUGUCAUGGAAGAGAUUCCAGUUAAAGUUGCUGUAAGAAUAAGACCUCUGCUUUCCAAAGAGAUUCUUCAUAACCAUCAAGUAUGUGUGAGACUGGUCCCAAACACACAGCAAGUUAUCAUUGGGAAAGACCGUGUCUUCACUUUUGAUUUUGUGUUUGGCAAAAAUUCAACCCAAGAUGAAGUUUAUACAACUUGCAUUAAGCCUUUAGUGGUGUCAUUGAUUGAAGGAUAUAAUGCUACAGUUUUUGCUUAUGGACAGACAGGGUCUGGGAAGACGUACACCAUUGGUGGAGGUCACAUUGCAUCGGUUGCAGAGGAUGAAAAAGGUAUCAUUCCACGCGCUAUACAGGAACUAUUUCAGAGCAUCUCAGAAAACCAUAAUAUUGGCUUCAGUGUGAAAGUAUCUUAUAUAGAGGUCUACAAGGAAGAACUCAGAGAUCUGCUGGAGUUGGAUACCUCUAUGAAAGAUUUACACAUCAGAGAAGAUGAAAAGGGAAACACAGUGAUUGUUGGUGCCAAGGAUUGCCAAGUUGAAAGUGUGGAUGAAGUGAUGAGCCUUUUAGAAAGUGGGAAUGCAGCUCGCCACACAGGUAUGACACAAAUGAAUGAGCACUCCAGUCGAUCUCAUGCUAUUUUUACCAUCAGUAUUUGUCAGCAACAGCCUCCACAGUCUCUGAAAAAUGCAGAUGCUGCACAAGAUUCAUCUCUGAGAUCAGGCCAGCUCAUUGCGUCUAAGUUCCACUUUGUGGACUUGGCAGGAUCAGAAAGGGUGACAAAAACAGGGAACACCGGUGAACGGUUCAAGGAAUCAAUUCAGAUCAACAGUGGCUUAUUGGCUUUGGGAAAUGUGGUAAGUGCUCUUGGCGACCCAAAGAGAAAAAGUGUACAUAUCCCAUAUAGGGAUGCUAAAAUUACUCGUAUUCUGAAAGACUCCUUAGGAGGAAAUGCCAAGACUGUCAUGAUAACAUGUAUAAAUCCAUCCUCAUCUGACUUUGAUGAGUCUUUAAAUUCCCUCAAAUAUGCCAACAGAGCCAAGAAUAUUAGAAAUAAACCAGUUGUAAACUAUAACCCUGAGUGGGACCGGAUUGAUGAAAUGGAACUUGAGAUCAGGUUGCUCCGGGAAGCUUUGCAGAAUCAGCAGGUUACUGUAAUGAGCCAUGCUAGCCAGGGAUCACAGGAUAUGAGUGAAGAUAGGACUCGAAUUCGUUCUCUUGAAGAGCAGCUUUCCCAGCUUCAGGUGGAGUGUUUCAACUACAGAAAUUGCAUAGAGGAAGCGUUUCCCUUCCUAGUUGAACUAAAUGACAUUGCCAGCCUAACAAGGAGUCAACAAGAGAAGCUGCAGGAUUGUAUCAACAUUGCACAGGAGCUAAGGGAGGCAGCUCUUGUCAUGCCACGAACUGAUAGUGGAAUUGGAAGCGACCAAGAGGAGCCACAUCAUAUCACAAUUCUUCAACUGAAGAGGGAACUAAAAAAAUGCCAGCAGGCUUUAGCUACAGACGAAGAAGUAUUCAGUCAAAAGGAGCUUGAGCUGAAGGUAUUACAGGAUCAAAUACUAACACUGAUACAGGAAAACCAAGAACAUCUAGAAUCUUUUAAAGAGGCACAAGAAACAAAUAAAUUACAGAAUGAGAAAAUGGUGGAACAGCAACUCCUUAUUGAUCAGCUGAAAGAUAAGUUAGAGAAGCUUACUGUGACUACAGCCUCAGUAUCCAGAGGUGCUUGUGGAGAUGGGCCAGCUGCUGUGACAUUCGCAAGAAGACCAUAUAGUGUGCCGCUCACUAAUAGUUUAGUACAUUCCGUUCAUAUGGCUCCAGGACUGGAGUCCCGAAAGGUACACACCAGCCCUCCUACUUACUCAUUGGCCCGAGUAAUGGCUGGAUUUCAAACUCGCAGGCAAAUGAUAUUGGGUCAUAUAGAAGACCAAGAUGAAGUCCUUCACUGCCAUUUCUCUGAUCAUAGUGAUGAAGAAGAAAGGAACACAGACAGCAAAAAGAAAUCAGCAUUUAGGCGCUCUAUAAACCGCACAUGGACACGAAAACAGGGUCUUCCUUGUUCUCCCCUUCAACUGGAUGAUCUACAAUUCCAAAUGCACAAAUCCAAUUUACCAAAUGAAACCAUACUGCAAACUGACACUGUCACAGGUGAAGAGAUUGAAUGCCUCCAUAAGAGUCGUGUAAUAAACAUGCAGAAAUUAAAGAAUUCAGAGCUGAGACUCUCCGAGGCCAAGCAAAAGAUGAGAGAACUUGCACUUAAUAUCAAAAUGAAGGAGGAACUCAUUAAAGAAAUAGUAAAAACAGGCAAUGAUUCUCAGUCUGUAAGCAGGCAGUAUUCUUUGAAAAUAACAAAACUGGAACAUGAAGGUGAGCAAGCCAAGAUGGAAUUAGCUGAAACACAAAAGCAGCUUCAGGAGCUGGAUAACAAGGAGCUGAGAGACGUUGCUGAGAAGGCCAAGUUACAAAAAGAGUUUCGGAAGAAGAUGGAUGCAGCUAAAUUAAAAGUGCAGGUCUUACAGAAGAAGCAGCAGGACACUAAGAAGUUGGCAUCAUUAUCCACCCAAAAUGAGAAACGGGCUACAGAACUUGAGCAGACUGUGAAUCAUAUGAGGCAUCAGCAGGCCCAGCUACAGAAAAGACUGCGAGAGGAGAGUGAAAAAAAGAAAAUUCUUGAGGCAGAGAUUGCACGGGACCAACAGCAAAUCAAAGAACUUCAGUUAAAGACAGAGCAACAGCAGAAAAUUCUCAAACUUAAAAAUGAAGAAAUUGCUGCUUUUAAAAAGAAGAAAAACUCAGCAGGAACUUCAAAGCAGUUACAGAAACAGGAAGAGCAAAGGAAAUGGUUAGAUGAAGAACUAGAGAAGGUUUUGCAUCAACGUCAAGAAUUAGCAGAACUGGAAGAAGACUUAAAGAAAAGAGAAGCUAUCAUAAACAAGAAAGAAGCAUUGUUACAAGAGAAGAGCCAUUUGGAAAUCAAGAAACUAAGAUCUAGCCAGGCUUUAAACAAAGAUAGUUUGAAAUUAUCUACCCGCCUGAAUAUGCUGGACAAGGAAUUGUGUGAUAAAAGUAUGCAGCUCCAGACCAGUGCCAGUGAAGAGAAGAGACAGAUUUUGGAAGAAGUUCAGGUUCUUCAGAAGGAAAGAGACCAGCUGCUCAGAAGAAGAAAUAGUGUGGAUGAGAAACUUAAAGAUGGUAGAGUGUUGUCCCCUGAAGAAGAACAUAUCCUUUUCCAACUGGAAGAAGGGAUUGAAGCGUUGGAGGCCGCCAUUGACUACAAAAAUGAAAAUAUUCAGAAUCGCCAGCAGUCACUUAGAGGCUCAUCGCAAAUCCUUACACAGAGCGAGGCCAAUGUAAUGGGAAAACUAGUUUCCCUGUCUGCUACUGAACUUAGAGCUAUUCUCUUCAAAUACUUCAACAAGGUUGUUAGUCUACGUGAAGCAGAAUGUAAAUUACAGCUGCAGACUGAAGAGCUGGAAAUGAGAGUCACAGAACAGGAAAACAUAAUACGUGAACUAGAAUCGGCACUUGAACACCUCACGCUACAGUGUGACAGGCAACUGACCCUCCAGCAAAAAGAACAUGAACAAAAGAUACAGUUAAUAUUGCAUCAUUUCAAAGAACAAGAUGGUGAAAGUAUUGCAGAAACUCUUAAACUGUAUGAAACUAAAGUCCAACAAUUGGAAAAAGAUUUGUUUUUCUAUAAGAAAACCAGCAGAGAACUAAAGAAGAAACUGAAGGAGCUGGUAGGAGAGUCAUUUUAUCAGCUGGUGGCACCAACUAAAAAUAAUGAUGCUGCUAACAGGAUAUUGAGCCAAGAAGCAGAAGUUUCUUCAGAAGAAUUCAAAUUGAUAUCCAAACCUGAAAGUAACAAACCAUCAGGAAGAUUAAGACAAACAGAUAUCCCAGCAAGUGGUUUAAGGUGGUGGCAGAAUUCAUACAAGCUUGAAGAAGAUGUUUCAGAGCUAACACACAAUAGAGGGUGUUUAUCAAGUAGUACUGAAGACCAAGCAGGACCAGAUGAAGUAUGCCCUUCAAAAUCUCAUCCUCAACUAUUCUCUCAUUCUCAGACAAAACAGAUAAUACAGCUUCAAGGAGUGACGCCAGUAAAACUGUCUCGUCGAGAAUUACGGCAUAUUCCUGCGUCCGAACUAUCACUGAGGCGCUCCAGCCUUGGAGUCAGUGUCAGUUCUGUUGCUCCAGAUUCCAUUGAAAUGUCCGGAAAAUCUAAUGACUUCAAGAUAUAGUUAUUCUUUGACCCAUGUAUAGCAGCACAUGCUACUGGAAUCACUGUAUUACAUUUCCUUUAUUCAUGCACUAGUAAACUAGCAGCCACAGGUGAAUGAACUAUUGUUCUGUAACUGCUGAUAUUCAGAGCACCAGGGAUCAUAUGUGUCUGUCGCACUUAUGCAGUUUCAAGGAAUCUGAGACACUUUCUUAUUGGCACAACCACAAACAGGCACAUGAUUAAAAAGCUGCUUAUUCCUGAGAGAAAAAAAACUUUUAUAUUCCUUGGUUUUUCAAAUCACUCUAAAAGUUCUGGUGCAUUUUGCAAAAGUUAACGUUAGCGAAGAUUGAAGACUAUUGAACUGUACAAGAAUGUUCUGUGACUAAUUUCACUUUCAUGGUUUAUAAAAACAUUAAGAUCCAUGGUAAUUUGCAAAAUACAUAGUUUAAAAGCUUGGCUACUGGACCUGCACCUAGUAAUUGGCAGUGACUGAAUUCCCAUCACUCAUACUACGUAUCUUACAUAGCAUAUGCUUGAUAUCAGAGUCAGGAUCUAAAACUACAUUUGUUUUUCAAAAGGCAUAUGUAAAUAUUUCAAAUUAUUUUUUGCUCAGUGUUUAAUUGCUUACUCUUAUGUAAGAAUUAUAUUGCAUGAGCUAAACAUGCCUCAAACUGUUUUAAAGUCUUUUUCCUUACAUGUUUAUAUAAACUUUUUUAAGCUCUGUGCGAAACACAUAUUAUGCCUUAUUUGUGAAAUUGGUGCCAUUACUUAUUUCACUUCUUGUGUUUUUUGUUUGUGGGCUUUUUUUUUUUUUUUUUAAAUAUUCGACAUAUCUAGCUUUGAAGUGUGAUGUUUGUGUACUACUGAAAUGGUAAAAUAUGGGACCAAAAAUUCAUCAUGUUAAGGUAAGCCAGCAUUACAGUGUAAUACAUUGUUAUUGGUAAUAAUGGUUCACAAUUUUUCAUUUAGAAGGAAAUAUGAAUCAUUCUUUUAAAAUCCAAAUCUACUUCAGAGCAGAUAGUACACAAAUCCACUGGUUUACAACUAGUUUGUUUAGUUCUGGAUAAUAAGUUGAAUAGUGUUUUGUAAGAGAGCAGUAAUCAUUCACAAGAAGCUAGUUAGCUGAGCUGACUUGAAGGCAGAGGCCAAGGUUUUUUAAUUUGAGUGUUCUAGGUUAGGCACCUAGAUUCAUAUUUAGGCUCCUAAGUAAAAGUGACCUGAUUUUCAAAGGUGAUAAGCACCUCAGAGCUCAGCACUUUUGAAAACCAGCCCAUUUUUAUGUAGGGACCUAACUUUAAGCACUCAUAUUUGAAAACUUAGUCCUGAAUUAUUUGCUGCACUUAGCAACAGUAAAUCUCUCCAGUCUGAACUGAGAUUAUUUGCUGAUGUAUUUAAGGAAUCUUGGACUGAAGCCUCCAGUACACAGUACAUGGCCACUGAGAGAAAGAGAAUUUCAUUUUCCCAUGCUUCAGGCCAUUAAAGGCGUGUCUACAGAGCAAAUUUUACUGUGUCAGGAGAUCAUGUUGUAACAUAACAGUGCUCUGAUUGCCGUAUAACACAAUUGUUGGUCUUUUCUAUAUAGAUUGCCCAAAACUGUAUUAUAACCAUAUUGAUGAACCAUUUUGCAGCCCCAUAAAGGCCUCUAUAAUUGUAUCCGUGAAAACUGGACUUAUUACAUAUUGUUCUGUAGAAUUGUGAUAUAAGGGAUUUGGAGGUUUUGUUUUGUUUUUUUCAUUGGUUGGUGGUUUUGGUUAGGAGUUUUUACUAUGCUGUAGGUCUAAAUAAUUGAGACUUAGUAAUGUUAAAUUUUAUAUAAAUGUAUUUAAUAUUCAUAACUUAAUACAUGGAAAUACAGUAAAUGUAUUAAAAGCCUUAAUUUCAGUUUUCUACAUCACAGUACCAGUUGUAUGAAACACAACUGUUAAAGACACAUACUGAGCCUUAAUCAUAUACCUCAAACUAUCUUGUCUGUUAGCCUGCAUUUAAAUAGAUCUGGGUUGAUUUUGCUUUGUGUUUUACACACGAAAAACAAACCAGCUAUGUCCAUAUGGGCUCAAAAAGCAGACUAAAAUGUAGGAAUGAACGAUUCAGUCACUACUAAGUGUCACUAGAUGCUCAGUUAAUUUGUGUAGAUUGGACGGGAGGUUUAUUUACUGCGCUUACCUCAAGUGGCUCCCGGAAGCAGUGGCAUAUCCCUUCUCCACUCCUACACGGAGGCACGGCCAGGCGGCUCUGCAUGCUGCCCCAUCCGCAGGCACUGCCCCUGCAGCUCCCAUUGGAGCACUGGAGGGGGCCAUUGGAGCACGUAGGAGCUGGACUGGGGCCAUGCUGCCGCUUCUGGGAACCAUGUGGUGUGUCACCGACCCAGCGCCCCAGCUGUAGCACCAGAGGGAGGCUGAGCCAGGUGGUGCAGCCCCUGACCCAGCUGGUGCGGGGCGAAGCCACGUGAUGCAGCCCCAACCUUGCACCCUGGCCAGAGUGCCAGAGCAUGGCCAAGCCUUUGGUGCAACUCCCGACCCAGCACCCCAGCUGGAGCGGGGCCGAGCCGCAUGGUGCGACCCCUGACCCAGUGUCCCGGCUGUAGCACCGGAGCGGGGCCAAGCCGCAUGGUGCGGCCCCAACCAGGGGUGAAAGUAGAAAUAGAGACUUACUGGUACGGGGCUGGAUUGGGCCGGCCCUGGCCCCCAGAAGGGGCAGGACCUCAGAUGGAAGGGGAAGGGAUGGGGGGGUCAGAGCCAGCCCUGGCCCCCCCCGUACCGGUAAGUGCCCUCCGCCUCCCCCGCUGGGAUAGCAGUGGCAGCUGGGGGCUCCGGCAGCAGUUUAAAGGGCCUAGGGCUCGGCCGCCACUACCACCUGGGCCCUUUAAACCAUUGCCACAACCCCGAGCUGCCACUGCUACUCCAUGGCUCUGGCAGCUAUUUAAAAGGCCCAGGGCAGUAGAGUCAGCAGGAGCACUGGC